AUGAUAAUACUAUUUGCAGGCCAGAAAGGCGACAGUGGAAAAUCCACGCUGGCCAGUAAUGCCGCUGCCUGGUUAGCCAGAAACGGCAAGGAUGUCAUGCUGGUUGAUGCUGACCGGCAAGGCACCUGUUCCCGCUGGUCAGAGUACCGGGAAGAAGACAGCAAGCUGCCAGUAGUGCAAUGCGUCCAGAAAUACGAGCGCAUCACCAAGGCUCUGAAAGAUCUGGACAGUCGUUACGAAUACGUGAUCUGUGACGUAGCAGGACGGGACAGUACCGAAAUGCGAUCUGCGUUCCUGGCGGCUGAUAUUGCCAUUGUUCCUUUCCGGCCAUCACAGGCCGACCUCGAUACGCUUCCACAUGUGGCCGACAUUGUUUCAGCCGCUAUAGACCUGAACCCUGAUCUGGUGUGUUACGCACUGCUAUCCAUGGCACCGACCAAUCCGGUGAUCAAUGAAACCAGGGAAGCCACUGAGUUCCUGAAGGACUAUCCAGAGUUAAAAACGCUGGAGACCAUUAUCAGGGACAGGAAAGCCUAUCGGGAUGCACUCAGCGAAGGGAAAGGCGUUUGUGAACUGAAGAAUGAAAAAGCAGCGACAGAGAUUGAUGCUCUGAUGAAAGAGGUAAUCAGACCAUGA